GUGUAAUUUAGGGGAAAAAUAACCCCCAAAUUUUAUUACAAGAUCUGUAACAGUAUUAGGAUUUUUGGAUUUAUUUAUAGUUAUUGCUUAUUAUACUCAAACUUCUUCCUCCUGGCUGAAAUUAAUUUUUCGUAAACGUAUAAAUCUUCCUGGCUUUGGCCACUUCUCCUUCUUAGAAUUUAUAAACCCUUAAUCGUGCUAUUAAUUUAUUUCUCAUACUCUGAGCUAAGAAUUUUUUGUUGGGGUUUUUUUUUUUUUUUUUUUUGGGCAUUUAUGAUUAAUUCGUGAUGUGGAAUUCAAUCGCACAUCUCAAGGAAAAUCUGAACAAAAUAACUCUUGAUGUUUACGACGGGGAGGAUGAUGAGGAUGAUGAGGUGCUCUCUGCGUACAGUUCACGGGAUCGGGAAAACGGGAACUCGUUGUUUGAUCGGCGGAAUUCGCACAAUUUUGCGCAUUCAAUGACACCGACACAUUCUCCACUCGCCAAUGGCUUCGAUUCCCCUUACAAUUCUCAGAUAGAACUAUAUAAAGCAGACAUCAAGAGGCUUCAGGAAUCUGAGGCAGAAAUCAAAGCACUUUCUGUUAACUAUGCAGCUUUACUGAAGGAAAAAGAGGUUAUUCAUGGUGUUCAAUCUUUUUUCCAUUAUCUGAUUUUAUAGACUGGACUUUUUGACAAUGAUCCCUACCACUCAAUUAGCCUUUCCUUCUGCCUUCUUUCAAUUCCUGCAACUCUCCCGAUUGGGCUACCUCAAAGGCAAUAUUCUUAGUUUGCCAGUUUUAAAAGAACUUGCUGUAUUCAUGUUGCCUGUUGUGUUGAAUGAAACCCAUAUCAAUCAAGUUGCUAUUGCAUAUCAAUCUGUGCAUAAGAAUUCUGUUCUAUUCAGUUUUAAUCGAAUGUUUUCUGCAGAAUCAAAUUUUGAGGUUGCGCGAAGAAAAUGGAACAUUGAAGCAAAAUCUUAAUGCAACAAAUGCUGCUUUAAGUGCAUCUAAAAGCACCAAGGGUAGUGAACAGUCGCCCAGGGGCUUAAAUAAAGGUUUGGUGAGAAAUCGUUCAACUGGAAGCCCGUCACAGAACGGAAGUGCAUUCAAACAUGAAAUUCCAAGUAAUGGAAUCGGAGGCUCUGAAAAGGAGCUCACAGAUUUACUUGAAGAGAGAGGUAAAGCUUUGGCUGCACUACAAGCAGCUCAUGAAUCGGAAAUAAAGCAGUUGCGAGCUGAGUUGAAGAGUGAGCAUGAGAAGUUGUCUAAUAGCAGUCAGAGAUUAAGCGAGGAACAGAAAUUGAAUAGCACUAUUCAGCAGGAGCUAAGCUCUUUAAGGAUACAGAAGGAUCAGUUGUCGUCAGAAAUGUCAAAAGUCCGUCUUGAAUUGAACCAGAAGAUAGCAGAUAUAAGAAGAUUACAAAUGGAGCUCCAAAGAAGAGACCAUAAUGAAACCAACGGGACCAUGGAGAAUUUGAAAAUAGCAAUUUCAACCCUGGAGAACGAAAAUAAUACACUUAAGAUUAAGAAUGAUGAACUUAUUGCUGCCUUGGAAGCAACAAAGGAUAGAUCAGCAAGUCAAAAUCAGCAUGAGUCGUCAGGAGAAUCAUCUAAGAAGGAAGAAAUGGAGAAAUCAUUGCAAAAGAUGGACAAAGAGUUAAAGGAGGUCCGCGGAGAGAGGGAUAAAGCAUUGCAACAACUUAACCGUCUGAAGCAGCAUUUACUUGAAAAGGAAGCAGAAGAGGCUGAUAAAAUGGAUGAAGAUAGCAAGAUUAUCGAAGAACUGCGAGCAAAUAAUGAUUACCAGAAAUCUCAAAUAAUGCAGUUGGAAAGAUCCUUAAAGCAGGCCCAUGCAAAUUAUGAAGAACUUAAAUUGAUGAAUGAAACUGAAAUCAAGAAAUCCAAGGAAGUAAUUUACGAGUUAAAUAGUAAACUACAAAGUUAUACGAGUAUGAUUGAGACCAAGAAUGUUGAAGUUCUCAACCUGCAAACUGCUCUUGGUCAGUAUUAUGCUGAAAUAGAAGCUAAGGAACGACUGGGAGAGGAUUUAGCUGCUGUAAAAGAAGAAUCUGCAAGAAUCUCAGGGCUCUUAAAGGAGUCCUAUGAACAAGUGGAAGCAUUAAGGAAGGAAAAGGAAGAAAUGGUUGCUAAUUUGUCAAAGAGUGAUAGGAUGCUUGCUGAGGGAAAGAAUAGAGUUCUUAAGCUUGAGGGAGACAAUGAAAAGUUACGUCGUGCUCUUGAGCAGAGCAUGACGAGGCUGAAUAGGAUGUCUGUUGAUUCUGACUUUCUUGUUGACAGGCGAAUUGUGAUCAAAUUAUUGGUGACAUACUUCCAGAGAAACCAUAGCAAAGAGGUUUUGGAUCUUAUGGUCCGAAUGCUAGGAUUUACUGAUGAAGACAAGCAAAGAAUAGGUGUGGCUCAGCAAGGAGGUAAAGGUGUCGUUCGGGGUGUCUUUGGACUUCCUGGCCGGCUAGUCGGUGGUAUCUUGGGUGGUGGUGGUGGUUCUGAAGUUUCUUCAAAUAUGAGAGCUGAUGACCAGUCUUUUGCAGACAUGUGGGUGGAUUUUCUUCUCAAGGAGUCUGAAGAGAAAGAGAAGAGAGAAUUGGCUGCCAGUGCCUCCGAAGAUCAAAACAAAGCAAGUCCAAGUACUGGUACGAGAAUUCCUACUGCUAUGACCCAUUCUGAUGGGCCAAGCGUUUUUUCAUAUCAAAAUUCUAGCCCAAUACCUCAUCGCGGGGCCAUCCUGCACUCGGAAAGCACCGACUCAGAGUUCUCGACAGUACCACUUUCCGCAUCUGAAAACAAUUCUCAGGCUUCAAGAUUCCUUACAAGAUACUCUUAACCUGUUUUUCCUGUAGGGGAGAAAGGUAUAAAUUUUGAUAUGCGUCUGUGCCAUUUGUUCGGUCAUUACUACCAUUUGUUCAUUGAUCAAUUCUUUUGUCAAUGGUCCAAGGCCAGAAGAGUUCACCAUCAUUCUAUCUGGUUUCUGUGUGUUGUAUUGUCAUGUCCAGUUUUCAUUUCUCCCAGCUAUAUUAUACAUGUAAAUGAAAUACUAUCAGUUUUAAUUUAAGGAAAAAAAUCUCUUACUGAGUGGCGGGCUUCCAUCUUCA